GCGCCCCGACCCUGCCGCGCUCGCCCGGGCCGCCCGGAGCCCCGAUGAGCCCAGAUGGCUGGGGCUCAGCCCGGCGUGCACGCCUUGCAACUCAAGCCCGUGUGCGUGUCCGACAGCCUCAAGAAGGGCACCAAAUUCGUCAAGUGGGAUGAUGACUCCACUAUUGUUACUCCAAUUAUUUUGAGGACUGACCCUCAGGGAUUUUUCUUUUACUGGACAGAUCAAAAUAAGGAGACGGAGCUGUUAGAUCUCAGCCUUGUCAAGGAUGCCAGGUGUGGGAAGCAUGCCAAGGCUCCCAAGGACCCCAAAUUACGUGAACUUCUGGAUGUGGGGAACAUCGGGCGCCUGGAGCAUCGCAUGAUAACGGUGGUGUACGGGCUUGACCUAGUUAACAUCUCCCACCUGAAUCUCGUGGCUUUCCAAGAAGAAGUGGCCAAGGAAUGGACAAAAGAGGUUUUCAGUUUGGCAACAAACCUGUUGGCCCAAAACAUGUCCAGGGACGCAUUUCUGGAAAAAGCAUACACUAAACUUAAACUGCAAGUCACUCCAGAAGGGCGCAUUCCUCUGAAAAACAUAUAUCGCUUGUUCUCAGCAGACCGAAAGCGAGUUGAAACUGCAUUAGAGGCUUGUAGUCUUCCAUCUUCAAGGAAUGAUUCGAUACCUCAAGAAGAUUUCACUCCAGAUGUGUACAGAGUUUUCCUGAACAAUCUUUGCCCUCGACCAGAGAUUGAUAACAUCUUUUCCGAAUUUGGUGCCAAAAGCAAGCCAUAUCUUACUGUUGAUCAGAUGAUGGAUUUUAUCAACCUUAAGCAGCGGGACCCCCGGCUAAAUGAAAUCCUUUAUCCACCUCUGAAACAAGAGCAAGUCCAAGUAUUGAUUGAAAAGUAUGAACCCAACAGUAGCCUUGCCAAAAAAGGACAGAUAUCGGUGGAUGGAUUUAUGCGCUAUCUGAGUGGAGAAGAAAAUGGCGUUGUUUCACCUGAGAAACUGGAUUUGAAUGAAGACAUGUCUCAGCCCCUGUCUCACUAUUUCAUUAACUCCUCACACAACACCUACCUCACAGCUGGCCAGCUGGCUGGAAACUCUUCCGUUGAGAUGUAUCGCCAAGUGCUUCUGUCUGGGUGUCGCUGUGUGGAGCUGGACUGCUGGAAAGGAAGGACUGCAGAAGAAGAGCCUGUCAUCACCCACGGGUUCACCAUGACAACUGAAAUUUCCUUCAAGGAAGUGAUUGAAGCAAUCGCAGAGUGUGCAUUUAAGACUUCACCUUUUCCAAUUCUCCUCUCAUUUGAGAACCACGUGGAUUCCCCAAAGCAGCAAGCCAAGAUGGCGGAGUACUGCCGGCUGAUCUUCGGCGAUGCCCUUCUCAUGGAGCCACUGGAAAAAUAUCCACUGGAAUCUGGAGUCCCUCUUCCAAGCCCUAUGGAUUUAAUGUAUAAAAUUUUGGUGAAAAACAAGAAGAAAUCACACAAGUCAUCAGAAGGCAGUGGCAAAAAGAAGCUCUCAGAACAAGCGUCCAACACUUACAGUGACUCCUCCAGCGUGUUUGAGCCCUCGUCCCCAGGAGCCGGCGAGGCUGAUACGGAGAGUGAUGACGAUGACGAUGAUGACGACUGUAAAAAGUCUUCAAUGGAUGAGGGAACUGCUGGGAGUGAGGCUAUGGCCACCGAAGAGAUGUCUAAUCUGGUGAAUUAUAUUCAGCCAGUCAAGUUUGAAUCAUUUGAAAUUUCAAAAAAAAGAAAUAAAAGUUUUGAAAUGUCUUCUUUUGUGGAAACCAAAGGACUUGAACAACUUACAAAGUCUCCUGUGGAAUUUGUAGAAUAUAACAAAAUGCAGCUUAGCAGGAUCUAUCCCAAAGGAACACGUGUGGAUUCAUCCAACUACAUGCCCCAGCUCUUCUGGAACGCCGGCUGUCAGAUGGUGGCGCUGAAUUUCCAGACAAUGGACUUGGCUAUGCAAAUAAACAUGGGGAUUUACGAAUACAAUGGCAAGAGCGGCUAUAGAUUGAAGCCGGAAUUCAUGAGGCGGCCCGACAAGCAUUUUGAUCCAUUUACUGAAGGCAUUGUAGAUGGGAUAGUGGCCAAUACGUUAUCUGUCAAGAUUAUUUCAGGUCAGUUUCUUUCUGAUAAGAAAGUUGGAACCUAUGUGGAAGUGGAUAUGUUUGGUUUGCCUGUGGACACAAGGAGGAAGGCAUUUAAGACCAAGACAUCCCAAGGAAAUGCUGUAAAUCCUAUCUGGGAAGAGGAGCCUAUUGUGUUCAAAAAGGUGGUUCUUCCUUCUCUGGCCUGUUUGAGGAUAGCAGUGUAUGAAGAAGGAGGUAAAUUCAUUGGGCACCGGAUCUUGCCAGUCCAAGCCAUUAGACCAGGCUACCACUACAUCUGUCUGAGGAAUGAGAGGAACCAGCCGCUGAUGCUGCCAGCUGUCUUUGUCUACAUAGAAGUGAAAGACUAUGUGCCAGAUACAUAUGCAGAUGUGAUUGAAGCUUUAUCAAACCCAAUUCGGUAUGUGAAUCUGAUGGAGCAGAGAGCUAAGCAGCUGGCUGCUUUGACCCUGGAAGAUGAAGAAGAAGUAAAGAAAGAGGCUGAUCCUGGGGAAACACCUUCAGAGGCUCCAAGUGAAGCCAGGACGACUCCGGCAGAAAACGGGAUGAAUCACACUACAUCCCUGGCGCCCAAACAGCCCUCCCAGGCUCUGCACAGCCAGCCAGCUCCAGGUUCUGUGAAGGCUCCUGCCAAAACAGAAGAUCUGAUUCAGAGUGUCUUAACAGAAGUGGAAGCACAGACCAUCGAAGAGCUGAAGCAACAGAAAUCGUUUGUGAAACUUCAAAAGAAGCACUACAAGGAAAUGAAAGACCUGGUUAAGAGGCACCACAAGAAAACCACCGACCUGAUCAAAGAACACACUACAAAGUACAAUGAAAUUCAGAACGAUUACUUGAGAAGGAGGGCAGCCUUGGAAAAGACUGCCAAAAAAGACAGCAAGAAAAAAUCAGAACCCAGCAGUCCUGACCAUGGCUCCUCGACCAUUGAGCAAGACCUCGCUGCCCUAGAUGCUGAAAUGACCCAAAAGUUAAUAGACUUGAAGGACAAACAACAGCAGCAGCUAUUAAAUCUUCGGCAAGAGCAGUACUACAGUGAAAAAUACCAGAAACGAGAACAUAUUAAACUGCUUAUCCAAAAGUUGACAGAUGUCGCCGAAGAGUGUCAGAACAGUCAAUUAAAGAAGCUCAAAGAAAUCUGUGAGAAAGAGAAGAAGGAAUUAAAAAAGAAAAUGGAUAAAAAGAGGCAGGAGAAGAUAACAGAAGCUAAAUCCAAAGACAAAAGCCAGAUGGAAGAAGAGAAGACAGAGAUGAUUCGGUCAUACAUCCAGGAAGUGGUGCAGUACAUCAAGAGGUUAGAAGAGGCACAGAGUAAAAGGCAAGAGAAGCUCGUGGAGAAACACAAGGAGAUCCGCCAGCAGAUCCUGGACGAAAAGCCCAAGCUGCAGAUGGAACUGGAACAAGAAUACCAAGACAAGUUCAAGAGAUUACCCCUGGAGAUUUUGGAGUUCGUGCAGGAAGCUAUGAAAGGGAAGAUCAGUGAAGACAGCAAUCAUGGCUCUGCCCCUGCUUCUUGGGCCUUGGACCCUGGAAAAGUGAAUCACAAGACUCCCUCCAGUGAGGAAGUAGAAGGAGAGAACCCAGGGAAGGAGUUUGAUACUCCUCUGUGAUGGUUCCUGCCAGUCCUUCAGGGUGUGCAUGGCCAUUCAAGCUCCAUCAGACUCUCAUACUGCAAAGAUCACUGCCCAGGACCAUCUUCCUAAGAAGCAUCUUUUAGCCUAAAAUCCACACCCUAGGGAGAGUUCUGGAAGGUUCCAUGAUGAGACCCCAUUCCCAGGCUCCAUGUGUCAUGUGGAAACUACUGCAGGUCUACUAGUGAAGAAUGCAUGUAUGUGGGAUUUUUGUUUUCGUUCCAAUAGUAAAUUCAAAGCAAGCAACUUGCAGGCACCAUGGAACAUUUAAUGAAGGAUAGUGUAUUCUUUGAGGAAAUUUUGAGCUUGUGUUUUUAUUUGAAGCUCUGGUGUAAAGUAUUUCGAAGUAAUAGAAAUAGUUUGAGAAAUUCAUAGCACUAUUUAACACUAUUGAACACCCAACUUUGUGCAUUUUUUUUCUUAACUGCCCCUCAACUUCAUAUCCUCAAGAUUACGUGCAUAUUAUAUUUGUUCAUUCUUUGCUUGGCAAGCACUGGUGGCUUGCAGUUUGCUAGUUUAUUUAUCAUAGAGGCAUCAGUGUAUUUGUUAAUGACAUGGCUUUAUUAAAUACUAUAGUGAUUCAAAUAAGCUCUUUUCUUUUAUUUUUUUUUUUAAUCACUUGAUUGUAUCCUUGCUGAGUGAAGCCAUCCCAAGAUUCAGCAAUAUGGAUUGUGCAUUUAGCUGCAUGAGCAAUUCAGGCAUUGUGCUAUCCAAAUUGACUGUUUGCUCUCAAAGUCUGGAUAUGCAUUAGCUGUUGGCCUGAAAUGAUCAAAUAGCUACUAAGUGUCUGUUCUGUUGAAUAAAAAGAAUUGAGCUGGUAUAUGUUAAGCAGAAAUUCAAUCAGAAGGAACAGGUUCCAGUGGUUAUUUUGCUGUCUGACAUUUUUUAUGGUUCAUUUAUUUUUAAUAUAGAGAGGAAGAUGGAAUAUUUAUCUAAAGAAUACACAGGCCAUGUAUAAAUGAUAUAUAUUAUCUCCAUGUAUAUAUGUAUGUACUCCUCCAUAUAAGUGGAUACACACAGGCAUGUGUGUGUGCAGCAUGCAUGUAGAUGUGUAUUUAUUAAUUGGCAAUGACCCAAAUAUCUUCCACAAGAUUUAAAAGCAAAUUAAAGGAUAAGUGGGUGGAAAAAAAAGGGGUCAAAUAUCUGGAUUACAUGGAUAUUAAAAUAUAUAGAAAUAAAUUUUAUAAUCUGAUGGAACUGUUGAUGUAGAUUUAGAAUUUAGAAUAUGAUAAACUUUUUGCGGGAACAAAAAUUGGAUAUUAAGCUUAUUUAAAUGGUCAGAAUAUACAAAAAUGUAUAGGAGAGUGAUACAAAAAUUUAUUAAUAUCUUCCAUAAUUUUUAAAUCUCAGUGAUUUCUACUUCGUUCUAACAUUUAAAAAAACUUUCAUUAGACAUUUAGUAUAUACAUUUCAUUCUGUCUUUUUAAAGUCCUAUUUUAAGUGGCAUAAGAAAAAUUAUAUCCUGGUAAAACUGAUCAAAACCAUUAUUGAAAGGUCUUAAAUAGAAAGAAUAACUAUAGAAAAAUAUAAGUUAGGAGAUGAUGCAAAGAACAGUGAAGUUAAAGUCCAGAAGCAAGAUGCUACAGCUUAUUUUACUUUAAAAUAAACCUUUCUGAUUGUAACUUAGCAAAACAUUUUAUAAUGCAAAAACCAGUUGUGUCCUGAAAAUUGUGUUUCAAGAAUUUAAUAUUUUUAUGAAAAUUAUUUUAUUUAACUUUAAGCAAUAACUAGGAAUUACAAUUAAGUUUUAAUCAAAAUGAAAGCUUAUUUCAAACAUUAAGGAAGAGUGUUUGAUUAAAAAAAAACACAUCUAGUGUGACACGAGGGGAAAAUCACCUCCUCUUUGAGAUGACUAUAUUUUGAUCUGAAAAAUUUAGAGUGUUAAUUAAAUACUUAAUAAAAAUUGAACUUCCAUGGAAAGGAAACUCUUUUGUAAAUCAUUCUACUUUUGCACUUUGAAGGAAGGCAUUAAGCAUAAAGAAGCAAGAAUGGUCAAAAUCGAAUGCUGCAUUUUUAUAAUCAAAAUUACAGAGUGUCUAAAAUGGCAGAAGAAUGAACUAAAAGCAUUCAUAACCAAACACAAUGGUAAUUAUUACAGACUAUUAUCACAUUUUAGUCCAGAGAUAGACUAAGAUUGAACAAGGCUAAACUCUGACUUAGGCUAAACUGUUUUGGUAGUUGGGUUUCAUUUUCUUAGUGAUUCUAGUCAUUUUACAAUACGUUUGUAUUUGGCCAUUUACUGUAAUCACAUUUUUUAUAUCUGUACAAUGACACUUUUUGCAGUUGUGGGGUAGUGUGUAACACUGUGCAUCUUACAUUAUUGAAACUACUACAGUGAUACUGUCAUUUAAUAAUAAUACUACUUGAAAGUAGACAAAGGUAAAGAAAAAGGGUCUAUAUGAUGUGCAGUUUUGUGCCUUUAUGUAUUUGCCUUGUUCUUUGUUGAAUGUGUGAAAUUCUGUACUGUGUUUUUUCCUAAAAUAGAAAGUAGAGUUGUAUAAUAAAUUAGACUGUGUCCCUGACACCUUUACACUACUGAGAAUAGCGUGAUUUUGGCUGUGUAACCCAAUUCUCAAAAUUCUAAUGACAUGCCAUGUGUUUUGGUUUUUAACAUUUCAUUUUAAUACUUCAUUACUACCAUGCAUUAAUUAAUACUCCUGUAGUAAAUAAAGUCAUUAAAUAAUUCCAAAAGAAAGGGCCAUUGCUUGCAUUCCUUUGAAUUUAAUGUUGAGCUUGUGCACUGUAUUAAUAUUGUUCGUGAUGGAUUCGACAUUGUGACUUUUGCCUUUUAAGAAGAAAAAAAAAAAGAGUAGGACAAAGUAUUUGAAGCUCUUAAAAUGUACAUAUUUUGGUUGUUCUCUCUAGAAUUAUUUAAAAUGCAUAAUUCACAUUUUUGUAAUAAUUCUAUGCAAUUUUGUGGCAUGAUGUUUCUUCCACUUGUAAUUUUAUGUGCUUUCAUCACAAAUCCAAAGGAAAAAAUAAAAAUUUCUUAACACACCCA